UUCCCGUGUAAGUUAUUUCCGCAGUUGAGGAAAGUGAACCGGAAGUCAACGCAGACAGAAGAUUGUUGUGAUACGUGAGUAGAGGUAACGGUUCAUACUCGAGCAGAAUGGCGGACGAGGAGGACGAGCAAGGCUUCGACGAGGAGGUGGACGACGGAGCCACUGGAGUGGAUGUCGGCCACGGGAAGAGAAAGAGGCUCUUUUCCAAGGAGCUCCGGUGUAUGAUGUACGGAUUUGGAGACGACCAGAACCCGUAUACAGAGUCAGUGGAUAUUCUGGAGGACCUGGUGAUUGAGUUUAUCACUGAAAUGACUCACAAAGCGAUGUCCAUCGGACGCCAGGGCCGCGUCCAGGUGGAGGACAUUGUUUUCCUUAUAAGAAAAGACCCCAGGAAGUUCGCCAGAGUGAAAGACCUUCUGACCAUGAAUGAGGAGCUGAAGAGAGCCAGGAAAGCUUUCGACGAGGCUAAUUAUGGCUCAUAACCCUGAAAUGGGACACAUUUUAGUUACAUCCUAAUUGACAUUUUUUGUUUCUCUCCAGUGAACACACAGUAAUUCACCUGACAUUUAAAUGUGCCCUUAUAGCUUUGUAGAUUGAAGUCAGCCAAACAAGGCUUCAUAUCAGACGGAAAUGCAGUAGAUUUCCUGCAGACAUUCUUUUGUUUGAGACAUUUUCAAUAAAUGAUAAAGUCGCCUGUC